UGUGGCCACAUGAAGUUGGAUGAGUAUGAGCAGCUCUCUUCUGCAGCCCUGGAGGCUGCCCAUAUUUGUGCCAACAAAUACUUGGUAAAAAGCUGUGGCAAAGAUGGCUUUCAUAUCCGAGUGCGGCUCCACCCCUUCCAUGUCAUCCGAAUCAACAAGAUGUUGUCCUGUGCUGGUGCUGACAGGCUGCAGACAGGUAUGCGGGGUGCUUUUGGAAAGCCCCAUGGCACAGUAGCCAGAGUUCACAUUGGCCAAGUCAUCAUGUCCAUCCACACCAAGCUGCAGAACAAGGAACAUGUGGUUGAGGCCCUACGCAGAGCCAAGUUCAAGUUCCCUGGCCGCCAGAAGAUCCACAUCUCAAAGAAGUGGGGCUUUACCAAGUUUAACACGGAUGAAUUUGAAGACAUGGUGGCAGAGAAGCGGCUCAUCCUGGAUGGCUAUGGGGUCAAGUACAUCCCCAGUCAUGGUCCGUUGGACAAGUGGCGGGCCCUCCACUCAUGAGAGCUUCACUCUCCU